AGGUGUGCUAUCGGUGUAUCCUUUCGUAUCUUAAGUUAUCAUAUCGAGGAAUUAAGUAAAUUGGAGUGUAUUUGACAUUGCAAAACACACAUGACACUUUGUUUGAAUAACAGGUGCGAGAUAAAUAGCUAAAAAUACGAGAAAGAAGUAUCUGUCAAUGACAGCGAUUCGACCAAUCGUGUCGAAGCUUACAAGAGUCUAGUUGACGUAGCAUGGUUUCUGAUUCAAACGAGAAGACACAGUCGACGAAGGUGUGAGGGGUUAUCAUUCGUCGGGAUGUCUUUAUUUCUGUGAAAAUGUGCCAUGGAUAAAACACGAAAAGUAAUAAAAUCACCCUCUGUGAAGAGACGGAGCAGGAUCACGCCGAUCAACCAACGAGUGAGCCUUGAGAGGGUACUAGGUUUAACCUCUGCCAGUAAUGCUUCGUUUGCGUGUGACCCUCACUCUGGGACAGUAGCCUACACGGCAGGGUGUGUGGUGGUCCUUAUUAACAAAGGCAAGCAGUCACAUAUACUCAACUUUUCAAAGAAAACCCUCACAUCGCUUGCAUUUUCGCCAGAUGGGAAACACAUCGUCACAGGGGAGAGUGGGCACCAGCCUGCAGUUCGGGUGUGGAAUGUGGAGGACAAAUCACAAGUUUCGGAGCUCCAUGGUCACAAGUUUGGUGUCAACUGUGUGGCAUUCUCACCUAACCUGAAGUACCUGGUGUCAGUCGGCUCACAACAUGACAUGAUUGUCAAUGUCUGGAACUGGAGGACAGCAACCAAGGUGGCCUCCAACAAAGUCUCCAGCAAAGUGAAUGCCGUAGAUUUCUCGGAAGAUGGUUCUAUGUUUGUGACUGUUGGAAACAGACAUGUGAAGUUUUGGUACCUGGACAGCAGUAAAUCAAGGAUCAAUGAGACAGUACCACUACAGGGCCGCUCGGGGAUCCUUGGUGCACAGAAGAACAACUUCUUUUGUGAUGUCGUGUGUGGUAAAGGUAGGAAGGCAAAGAGUGUCUUCAGUAUCACACAGUCAGGUCUGCUGUGUGAAUUCAACGAAAAACGUCUACUAGACAAAUGGGCAGAGUUACGGACUACCAGUGCCAGCUGUCUGGCCGCAGGAGAAAAUCAUAUAUUUGCAGGAUGUUCCAAUGGUGUGGUGCGGGUGUUCAGUGCUCGGAAUCUUCACUUCCUAGUGUCACUGCCCCACCCUCAUCACCUCGGAGUAGAUAUUGGGUCAGUUCUCAGUGCCAGUCAAAUUCUACCCAGUAAAGAGGGUUCCAAGUUUCCUGACACGAUUGCGAUGGUUUAUGAUGACUUGCAUCAGAAGGCGACAUGUAUCUACAAUGACCACAGUGUGUAUGUAUGGGACGUCCAUGAUGUAAAGAAGGUGGGGAUUGUGAGAUCUUUCCUUUAUCACAGUUCCAGUAUUCUGGGCCUUGAGGUGGCGCCCCCUGUACAGGAUGGUGAGACACCAGUGCUGCCCCCUGGUUCUUUCAUCACAUGCUCCACGGAUGACACAAUACGCAUAUGGAAUCUUGAGAAUCACAUGACAGAAACCGAGUAUUACAAACGCAAUGUUUUUUCAAAUGAACUGCUGAAGAUCUGUUACAUUGAUCCAAGCAUGAUGUCUCUCCGGGAUGUCGACUAUAACCCAGCUGGAGGGACUGACAAGACAGACACAAACUACGAUGGUAAAAAUGGUGUCCGUUCUCUCUGUAUCAGCCCAGAUGGACAACACCUAGCAUCAGGGGACAGGAUAGGCAACGUGAGGAUCCAUGACUUACAGACAAUGAAAGAAAUCCACUCUAUAGAGGCUCACAAUGGGGAGGUGCUAUGCCUGGAGUACUCUCGUGUUAAUACUGGUCCUAAGCUACUGUCAUCAACCAGUCGUGACAGACUUGUUCAUGUGUUUGACCCCGAACAAAGAUAUGGCCUUCUUCAGACACUCAAUGACCACUCGGCAUCGGUUACUGCGGUCAAGUUUGUCGACACGGACAGCCAACUGAAAAUGUUGAGUUGUGGGGCAGACAAGUCGCUGUUAUUUAGGAAUGCUCAAAUGAGUCCAGAUUUCCAAUUUUCAUUGAACCAACACCUGGUGGCCAAGACAACACUGUAUGACAUGGCUGUGGAUCCAACACAGAAAUUUGUGGCCACAGCUUGUCAGGACCGAAAUAUAAGAAUCUACAACAUCAAGACAUCUAAGCAGAAGAAGCACUACAAGGGCUCCCUAGGAGACGACGGCACCCUGACCAAGGUCCAGCUUGACCCUUCUGGGAUAUAUGCUGCCACUAGUUGUACAGACAAGAACCUGUGUAUUCUGGAUUUCUGUACUGGGGAGUUGAUGGCCACUAUGUAUGGACACUCAGAAUUGGCUACUGGCAUCAAGUUCAGCUACGAUCUGAAGCACUUCAUCUCUGUCUCUGGGGACGGGUGUAUAUUUGUGUGGCGUCUUUCGGGAGAAAUGUCACGGCAGAUGCAGGAUCGACUAGAAGAACUUGGACAGUUACCAGAAGAAGCCCUAGCAAAUUCUAUGAACAAAACUGUUACCAUUGACAACUCUGUACAAAAGGAGGCAGAGUUUAAAACACCGACCAAGAUCCUGGCAGAGUUGACCCGUCAGAUGGAGGAGACAAGGGCUGACAUUCCACCGGAGAAACCAUCCUUGGACUACAGGUUCUCUGUUGGACAGCUCCCAAGCUGGGCCAAGUCCAAGGGAGAUAAAUCAAAGGAUAACAAGAGUGGAGAGGACCAGGGUUCAAACCUACCUAAAGGUCGCUGGGCCCAGAGGGUGGACAAUAAAGGCAUAAUGGCCCAGCUGGAUGGGAAAACUGUGGAACUAGAUGUUGGUACAGAUUGUAACACCAGAAAAGUGGGAUAUGAUGAUGUUGAUGCUCGCCGAGAGACAAUGGUAGUGGCGCAGCCAGAGAAUACGCCCAGGAAAAUACCAGUCAUAUUUGAUGAUGAAAAUGAGGAAGAUGAUGAUGACGAUGAAGAUUUCUUUCCUUCAUUCCAUAAAAAGAAAAUUUGGGAUGAGAGUCCUAGAUUUACUCGUCGCAAUAGCGUAGACGACCUAGACGAUGACCUUGACAAAGAGCCGGAGGUCAGAUACUAUCCUCCUAGUGAGGUGGACUCUGUAGAAAGUAAUGGAAGCUUCUUCACAGUAUUUGGGGGAGACAAGGAGAAAAACUCUUCUCGUCUAUCUGGUACAGAUAAAGGACUUGAUGCUGACUCUGAGAGUACAGACCCUGUUUCCAUGGAAGAUACCGAGGAGGAUGAGGACUCCAUGAGUAUUCCCUCCAACCCAACCACGCCGUCAGAGGAGUACAAUCUAAGGACCCCAGACAGGUUGUCCACCAUCAUCAAGGAAAAGUUUCUGAAGGACCGUUUUGAGAAUUUAAACUUCACCCCAGCAGUGUCAAUAGACAAGUUCCAGGAGAGACUUGAUGAAAUGGAAUCAAACAUCGUAGAUGACACACAGCCCCAAAUAGGAGCGAACUCUCGCAUUAGUAUUUCUACCCGCUUCCUGUCACGAGCACAGCAGGCCAACAUCAAGAACAUGAGCGUGUACAACAGCAUACAGAGACAGGACAACUGGUUUGAUUCUGUACAGAAAAGGAAGGAUGAAAUGGCCAGAGCUGUUGAUGAGACCAGAAAACGUUUGCUUGCUAUGGGUUGGAAUGACAAGACGAGUCCGGAGACUGAGUUGCCAGGGAAAGACAACCUGCCAUCGCCCCCUAUCAAGCUGCCAGCAGAGCCUGAACCUGAUUUGUUCGAUGACCUCUUGCAGCAGACCACUCCUACAAACAAGAAGUCUUCCCCGGGAAACACCCCACCUCAGAACAGUGGCCCUCAUACUUCAAAAUCAUUGCGUCGCUGUUGGUCAAGUUUUGACCUUCCAAAGACACCUAUAUUUGAGGAGAAGCCAUCUUGUUUGCAUAGUGCCUCGAAUCCCAACACACCAGUCAUCAAGUCUCAGGCUACCAUUUGGGACAGUCGAUCGUCAACUAGUGAGGACAGUAGUGAUCAUAAAACACCUACCAAUAAGUCAUCUAGUCGCAAGUCACGUCCAUCAACUCUAACUCUAGAACGGGAAAAGAAACGACGGGAGGUCAGUGUGGAAGUGCCCACAAGAAGCGGAGAAAAGAAGGUGACACCUCGGUCUCAGUCUCACAGCUCCCUCUAUAGGCAAACAGAAAGCUCCAAGGCGAAGAAGUCCAUGGGUUCCUCGAACAACCUGGCUCAGCAGGACAGACAGACACCCAAACAUUCCACAAACCUCACUAAGAGCACGUCCAUGACAAACUUGAGCGGUGGUGAGCGUCUGUCCCUGCCCAAAUCUCGACCGCGUAUGGAGGCCAAAAAACUAUCCUCCCUCUACACCUCAACUCCAAAUCUUGUUCAGGCCUUGGAUAAAAACCAAGAUUGUGAUGAUAUUCCAUCAAAAUUACAAGCACGUUUGGAUGCUAGUUUAUCAGAUAGUGACCUUCUCGAUGAGGACCUUCCAAAGAUAUCCUCAAAGAAAGAUUCUCAAACACGGGCCCCCACCUCCAAGCUUCAAGCAGAUGCCAAACGUAACUCAACAGGCGGUGGGGUUUCAAAGAGGGAGAAUGUGCGGAGCAGUAGUGCCACAAGGGCGGGUAGGCUGUCUUUACCAGCCUCUCCAGCAGUAAGUAUUGACAGUAAAACUGUGAAAAAGUCCUCAGUGGGCCGGGAGGACAAAGAUCUGAUGCCCCCUCCCUCCAAGGGUGUUGUCACCAAGGGCAAGCAGGAUACAUUCCUAAGGAGGGCAGUUCAGUCCAACCGUAAGGGUGUGUCAGAACUCACCCUGGCCCAGGCUAAAGACAUUUUGUUGGGGAAGUCAGGAAUCUUGGGGUCAAACUCCAAAUCCUCUUCCAACACUUCAACAAUCACAACCACAUCGUCAUCUACAAAGUUAUCUCAUUCAAAACCAUCAGUAUCUUCAACAGCCUCAUCUACAAAAUCAUCUUUACGCUCAAACUUAUCAACUAGUAAACAAUCUUUACAUUCGUCAACAUUCCCAACAUACACAGUAGCAAACGCAAGUUCUGUGUGUGCCACCAGUGCUACCAUGACAACAGUUUCAUCCUCAUCAAUGACUUGUAAUACAACCUCCACUUCCUCAUCUCCACGGUCACUGCACAAGGACCCUACCCACCUACAGAUAGCAACAGAGAUAGAGACAACUGCAGCAGAGAUACGCAGCAAAAAUCUCAUGGAAGCAGCCUUCCAGAACUUAUCUGUGCUGGACGCUAGUCCCAAUGACUUACCAGAAAGGGACUGUCCAUCAAACCAGGCGCCAUCUUCCCAAACAAAGUCUCCAGCCAUGUCUGGUACCAAUUUGAUAUCAACUCCAAAAUGGAGAGAUCUUUAUUCAGAGGAUGUGAAUAGUGAGGAAAACUGUACCAAGGAUGUGUCUGGUUAUGUGAGUCAGUCAUCAGGGCUGGAGGAAGAUGAUGAGGAUGGUCUGGGACACUCUUCUAGUAUAAAGGAGAGGAUUGCCAUGCUCCAGUCCCACUCUUCUCCCCAGUCUAGUCCGCGGUCUACCUCCACAGCUCACAUCACCCUCACCCCCAAUAAAUCAUCAAGCACCGCCCCAACUGCGGCUAAGUCUGGGUCGCCAAUCAGCUCUACACUCAGCCCACGCAGUUCCUCUGGGAUUGGCUCGAGCCUCGACUCGGAUGUUGCCACCAAACUGUUUGCCUCACCUGGUAGCAGCCUCAGCCCUCACAGUAAUUACCAUAUAGCCUAUGACAUAUCUGACUCUGAUGAGGGAUCAGAAAGGUCCCCACCACAGGAUACCACCAUACAGUCCUCGUCGUUCAGUUCCGAGCUUGACUUCAGCAGCAAAAGGUUGUCACUGAGUAAAGCUCUAGAGGCAGUCUCUGGUAGCCAUGGAAACGGUGGGGAUUCUACAGUGUCUGUAACAUCUAGUAACCAGCCCAACUCUUCUACUCCCACCAAUCUGACCUCUAACCUCCAGUCAGACUGGCCUACGUCCAGUACAAGGUCAACACCAUCAUCUAUCAUUUCCAACCGGUCAACUCUCAAUGGCUCACCAAGUGUCACCAAUGGUUUUACACCCAUCAGUCCUCGUAAACAAGAUUACCUCCAGAUUUGUUUGGAGGCAGUCAAAGAACUUCGACAAUCGGUGAAUAAGGUUUCAGAUCUGUAUGAUCAGGUCUAUCUGAAUAGUGACAACAAAUCCAGUGAAGCUGCAUCAAUACUGGUUGAGGCAGUCCGAGAAAAUAGACGGACAUUGUCCGAUCUAUUGUCCCAAACUUGUGAUUCAGAAGAAUUUUCCAAGAGCAGCACAACACCGGUGACCAUUCCCAGGGAGGUUUUAGAGCCAGUGCUCUCUAGCUUUGGAGAUAAACUUUUAGAGCGGUUUGAGCGGCUAGUAACACAAAAACUUGAGGCAGAGAAGCCGUAACAAAGGGGAAUAACUACAGCUUGGUAGUACUUUAACCGAGUAAACAAACACAUUCAUAAUGGCCUGUGAUUGGUGAUAGAGAUUAAAUCAGAAAAGGGCUGAAAUCUAAAACAGAGGGAAACUAUUAUUUCUCUUUCCCACUUGCCAAAAUUCUUAAAUACUGGUGAAUAUUUGACCACAUUUGUUCCUAGAGCGAGUUAUAUUUUGAUGUUAACAAGACUUUGAUCUAGUCAGUCUCUAAAAAUAUUAAAAUCUAUGUUCAGGCAUUCAAAAAUUGUCAUUUGAAAAAAAGAAAACUUUUUUUUUUUUUUUUUUUAAUUUUGAAUCAUUUUCAAUUAUAUUAAUUGAAAUUUAUUUCUUGAUGUUUCGUUAGAAACAAUCCAAUGGCUGAUUGUUCGAAGCUUAAUUGUCUUGUAUGUUUAAAUUUGGGUUGUGAUUGUGUAAAAAGGUGAGCGAUGGUUUAUUGUGAUGUAUUAAGUGGACAGUGUGUUAUUAUGAAAGUCUGUGUGUAAAGCGCGAGUUCACAGCUAAAUCAUGUAUGGUGAUCUUAAAGUGCUCAAGACUAUUUCAUUAUAAAAUAGUUCUUGGUUCAUGGGAAAUAGGAGACUUAUAUUCCAUGUAAAUUAUUCUUAUUCCAUCUAGCAUAUUUAUUUGUACAGUCUAAACAAUUAUCUUUAUAAGUGCAUGGGAGGGAUCUCUACAGCGACUAGAAAUGUUCUACAUAAAUCUGUGUGGUCUCUGUAGUUACCAUGGUGGGAUCUCUACAGCAACUGAAGGAGAUGUUAUACAUAAGUAUGUAUGGUCUCUGUACUUACCAUGGUGGGAUCUCUACAGCAACUGGAGAUGUUAUACAUAAAUCUGUGAGGUCUCUGUAGUUACCAUGGUGGGAUCUCUACAGUGACUGGAGGAGAUGUUCUACAUAAAUCUGUGUGGUCUCUGUAGUUACCAUGGUGGGAUCUCUACAGUGACUGGAGAUGUUAUACAUAAAUCUGUGUGGUCUCUGUAGUUACCAUGGUGGGAUCUCUACAGUGACUGGAGAUGUUAUACAUAAGUAUGUAUGGUCUCUGUAGUUACCAUGAGGUGAACUCUACAGCGGUUUCUAGUAACCACGCCCUAGUGAGGAAGGAUGUCAUUUGUGAACCUAGUCAUUUUAUGUUGUUGCCAAACCAGUAGUGAUGCAUGAUGAGGUGACCCCAUGUUGCCUGGGUAUCCAAACUUUAAUUUUCCUGUAUUUAUAUAUGUAUAUGGUAGUGAUGGUUACAUUCCACCAAUAAAUAUCCUAUAUUUUCUGGUACAUUGUAUAGGGACGUUUCACUGAUAUAAUAUGCCCAAUAGCUUUUCUUGCUGUGAUUUUGAUUUUCUGAGUUUUCUGUCAACAAGAUCUAUAUUUCAGCUGUGAUGAUUUCAUGGAGAGCCACAAAGUCAGAGAAAGCUGUUGGUGUAGAUGAAAGAACAUGUCCAUGUUGACACCAGCUAUAUCAAUUAUUAGGCUCCACUGUAUAUGUAUUUCAUGUUGAAACUAUGCAUUUUUGGUAUUUCCAUUUUCUAUUGUGUUAAUCUUAUGACUUCUGUGGAAUGUAACCAUCUCUACCAAUAGCGAGUGUGAUUGCAUGUCUCUACCGAGGAGAACUAUGGUCUCUAAUACAUACAAACAUAUCAGUAUCAUACCUCCCAAUGUCUUCCAAGUGGCAUGUCAUUUAGGCAUUUGUAUUGCUGUGUUGUGAUAGAAUGAUUUGUAAUAAGCCGACAAAUAUCGGUGUAUGUCUCUCUAGUAAAGUGUACUUUCAACGAAACAAAAAUGGCUUGUUUUUACCUUAGGCGACACCUGGGGAAAUUGUUGUUCAAUUUUAAAAGUGUUAAGUAUCAGACAUGUCUGAAGUUUAACACCGGACACCAUUCUCCUUAUUUGUACCUUUAACAAUGUGUCCAUGUUUGUUAAUAAUUGUUACCCGUCAUGUUUUAAGACGCUAUAUUUGUAGAUAUGUUGUUUAAAAUCUUUGACUCAUUAUUUAUUGUGCAAUACAUCACACUGUAAAUAAUUGAAGUUAAGUCUUGUGAUAUUUUCAAACGUUGCUUUCCCCACAAUUUGUAAAUACAUGUAUAUGUAUGUGCAGUGAAGAAAGGCACAUUCACAUGAUAGUGAAACGUGAGCAUUUCCACACUUGCCAAAAUAUUUAACAAUACUGCCAUUUUGUUGAUUUUUGUAUUUUGCAGCCAAAAAACAUUUUCUUGCUUUAAACAGAUGUUGAAAGUAAAUCUAGAAGUAUUAUUGACUCAUAUUGUAAAAGAUUGAUUUUUCACAAAUUCAAAUUGUACGAGAUUGAUUUUUCACAUAAUUUGUGAACAGUUUCUUUGCCAAAAAGGCUUGUUAGAUAUCACUUGUAAUCAAACAUUGGAGAAAUUGUUUACAGUAUUUGUCAUAAGAACUUUUGUAGAACAUUUUUUGGCAGAACGGCCAAAUCUAUCAUGAAGGGUCGUCACAGCCUUCCCGUCUUCCAGUAUGAAGAGAUUUAUGAUCCUGUCAUUCAUUGGUGCGAUUUCUCAUUCAAGUGCUAUCAUAUCACUACUUUUAUAUGAUAACUGUUUUACCAUGAUAAAGAUUAUUUUUAAUCAAUUUUAACACUUGGGACCAUAGCCGUUCAGGGUAAUCUGGCUGGAAGAGCCGUAAUGGAGAUAGGCAAGGUCUCGAUACUCGUAUCCUUUUAACAUCCCUCUUGUAUUACAUCUCAUUUACAAUCAUUGAAGGGAGGACCGUUGUGAUUGUGAAUGGGAUGUAUUAUGAGAGGGAAUCGUAGGAUUUCAAUAAACUGUAACAAACUUGGGUUGUACAUUACAUAUACGGCCUAAAUACAAAUUAGCUAUGCAAGACAUACCGAAGUGUCUCAUUCCAUCAAGGUAUGCAAAUUUAGCUGAAUGCAUUUCCAUGCUUGUAUUUUUUUUGUAAAUAUAUUGCGACUUUAUAAACCAACGAUGUACAAAAUAAACUUUUGUAUAAGAAUUCAA